GAAUUCGAACUGCCUCAACAAUGUGUCGUUUGGAUGUGGACUGUGCCGUGAAAGGACCUGAACAACAUGGAAAUGCCCUCCCUUCGUCAAGCCAGGGUCUACAACAGGGUUUCCCAUUCUCGUCCUGGGGACCCCAGGGGGUGCUCGUUUUGGUUUUUGCACUGGCACUUUACAGCUGACUCAACUAAUCAUCAAGCUUUGAUAACUUGAAUCAGCUGUGUGCUGCUAGGGCAACAGCCAUACAUGCACCCCUUGGGGUCCCCAGGACAGUGUUUGGGGAAACGCUGGUCUACAAGGUCCUAGUUUCUGCCGAGUCCCCAACAACCGGAACAUUCGGUUUUCAGGGGAAAUGGAAAGAGCCUGUGAUGCUACUUCCUCUUUUGGAUGAUAUACAAGGCGAAACUCCAUCUUAACUCCUCCUCCACAUUUACUGGAUUGGUUGAACCGUGCAGAAGAGAACCUCCCCAGGUACAUGGUGGGCCGUGGGGUGAAACGUAAGCUUAGUGACUGUGAGGAUCAGAUGCUGGACCUGCCCUACCCCCAGCAGAGGCAGCUGGUGCUGGACCUGUGCCUGGAUAAACUCCAGAGUUGCCAGCGCCGAGCUGAACCCAGCCUGCACCGCUCGGUGUUGCUGGCUAACACUCUGCGACAGAUUCAACAGGAGAUGAGGCAGGAGGGAGGCCUGCAUCUGGAGUCCCCCCCUCCAGCCCCCGCCACACCGCGCCACUCCCCGGAUCUGCCGCCUGUGCCCUCGGACCGUCCCUCCACCCCAGUGGCCGCGCUCUCAUCCUCACUGCUGUGUGAAGACGACGCACAGUCAACCUGCACAGAGCUCCCCAAGGUACCGGGGUCGGAGGAUGGCGGCAAGUCGCAGGAUCUGCUGUUUGGAUCCUUUGAAAUCACCAACUCCACCAGCUACCUGACGGACCUGCAGCUGGACGACAUUUUUGAGGACAUUGACACAUCCAUGUACGACCCGUCAGACUUCUCUGUUCUGGCCUGCCCCCCUCCCAGAGCGAGCAGCGGAGCCUCCUUGGGGAAUGACUAUAACCUCAAGGCAUUCUCCACCUCCAGCAGUACUCUGCAGAUGUGUCUCAACGACCUCGACCACAUCAUGGAGAUCCUGGUACGCUCUUGACUGAUUGGCGCCACGUCGUAGUCACAACUACCCAGCAUUUUAUGAGCUGGGGGUGGGAAGAAUGACUUGAUUUUUUUUUUGUCUCUAUUUUCAUACAAAGAACUUGUUAUAUUUAUACAAAAAGACUGAUGGAUACCUGCCUGAUACACUUCUACUGUAUGAUAAUGCACAUUUUUGGUGGCCCGCUGAGGCCAUCUUUUUUUUCUAUAGCAAGAUUAAAUGAAUAUGCAGGGACUUAAAGCAAGAAACACAAGUAUUACCAUUGAGAUAUUUAUACGGGAUUGUUAUUCACCAGUGCAUUCUUCGCGGGGGGGGGGGGGAGGAGAAUGACAACCUGUGGAACAAGGUGAAGAAAAGAACAUUGGGGGUAGAUUCCAAUAAGUAUUUCUGGAGCAUUACAAUCAUUUAUCAAGAAUUAAUGAGAUAGGACUUAAUCAAUACUCACUACCUCUCUAAAACUAAGAGCUCUGUCUCACUAUUCAACGAGAUUCAUGAACUCGCCGCUUCACUCAUUUUGUAUUUCGAUUGGUCUUGUUCCUUUAACAUAGAAAACUGGUGAUUGUCAAUAAUGCAGAUUUUUAACACCAGAAAGAAUGCCUUCCUGCCGAUAUGAAUCUCAAAACAUAGCCGAUAAUUCCAUGUUACACUGAUGCCUUGUCCAUCCAUUUUGGUCAUUUUAAUCAGAUGGUAGCGGACAACAAAAGAAUCAGCACUAGAUUUUGAUGAAUAUUUGUUUUGAGGAUAUUGUGUUGAUUACUUGGAAUGAUCCGUGUGUUUUUGUUACACUAGAAUAGAAAAUGCAUGCAUUUCAGCAUUUUAGUGGUUUGUCUCAUUGAAGAACUGUACAAUUUGAGUACUAUGUAUUCUCCCCCCCUCCCCUAACGGUUGUAAGAAAGAAAAAUACAGAUGCUGUUGUAUCCCUCUAAAGAACAUAGUGCCUAUAACGGAGGAUGAAGACUGGUGAUGGUGGAACUGCCCACUGUGUACAUGGACACUAGCCUAUGAAAAGGCGACAACCUGUGAGUUAUUUCUCUAAGUAAUUUAUUUUUGAUGUGAUACUCAGUCCCGAAAAGAAGCCAUUCUGCCAGGUGUGGGCACAUCUGCUUUUAACCCUUCACACUCCCCUCGCCAAAGACUGACACUGCAAAAAAGCAGACCUUGGAUGUCAGUGCCUCACGCUAUGGUCGAGAAUACGGUGUCCUAAUGUUGAGUGAAACUGUCAGCCAUCCGGUAGAAUCCUCAUCCAACAUUUGUUCUCUAGGAAUGUUCUCUCGGAAUCGCCUUUUCUCUUACAACAGACUGCGGGGUUGGACUCUACUCCCAAGAAAAUGCAAGUCAUGGAUACAGAUGUAGGAUCUUAAUUUGAUCUCUGUUUCAGGAUUACAAUGUUUCCUGCAUUGCAGGAAAGUUUUUGGGGUUUAAAAAGGCUUCUGAAGUUUAAUUUCCACUUUGGAAUUUCAGACUUGAUUUUCCCUUAAGUAUCAACCCCUACAAAAAUGUCCAUGAAUUAUAAUUCACAUUUCUUGAUGACGCAAGAUUAUUUUGCUGCUGUUGCAAACUGGUGCAAAUUACGAUCCUACAUGUGUAGGUAGUGAAAGGAGUUGUGUAACCAGAGGGUUACACAACUAAUGGGACAUCCCCACUUACUCUUAGCUCCUUCUGUCUGAGCGUCAUACCUGUGCUGAGGGACUGUCCUGCAUUGCUUCCAGGCUGUUUUCACCCGAGACUGGAGAGAGGGGGAGGGGCAGUAGCUCAUGUGGAGACCCUUGCUUGUGGAAAUGGCUACACAGUUUCACAACAGCUGGUAUGUGUGUGUCUCUGUGUAUGCCAAGCUCUGUCCCCCAAAAGGGGCCCCCUUCUUCUGUCAGCCAAUAAGAAUGCUGAGGGAGGGGCUUUGUUAGCCUGUAUGAAAGUGAAUAACAAAUGUAAGCAGCUAGAUGCAGUUCCUUUUCUCACUGUGGUAUGUGUCCCCUUCCUUGGCUCUUUUCACUGUUUAUAACCCAGGGUUUGCACAAUUUGACAUCUUCUGUUGUCCGUUUGUUCAACACCGUAUAUCCAUCCGUAUCCACAAUUUAUCAUGGAUCAUAUAACCAAAACGGAAUGAUCUUGUCUGCACUGAUCCACAUAUUCUGAAAAAGGCUGAUUUUUAGAUGAGAGAUUGGGACACAGGCUCCCGGCACUCUGUGGUGAUGCUCUCAAAGUAAACAAGUCCUCGGUGUUGAUGCUCUGCCGUUGACACACAGACCCCUCCCGUCCUUCCAAAACCCCAGCACGACUGCACACAGACCCCACCCUAAGGACCGACUCGGCCUACCCUGAACAUCAUAACACAUGGUACAAUAAAACCAAGGAGGCUUAUUUAUCACACCAUCUACAUUCUUCAGUGGGCCCUCCCUACUCACUGCUGAGAGCUGUGCAUCGAAUGAGUUGAGAAUUUCUAAGCUUUGUAAGCUUUUUUUUUUCUUGUACAUAUUUGUAUUUAUACAUUUUCCUGUGUGAUGUUUAUUUUCAUGACCGCAUUGAGAUAAUAUAUUGCAUUUAUUUAAGUAACUGGUCUGGGGGUUUUGUAGCAGAGUUCAGGACCCAUUUUAUUUUCAUCGAAGAAGUAAUAUUGUGAAAACAUGUCUGUAAAUAUUUGUUGCGGAUCAUGAAGAGAUUGAUAUUUUAGAUGUAACUGGGCCUACCUUUUCGUGUCUACGAUGGGAUUCUAACAAAGUGUAGAUGAAGAUUACUAUGGGUCAGGCAGUUGUAAAACUGGCAGCUUUUCACACUGUUUUCAGCCUGCAGAAACUUUUGCGAAGUUUAACCAAAAUAUGAAAUUGGCAGUACAUGUACGUUUGUAUAACCAAUCAAUAUCCCUGGAUUGAGCAAUGGAAUAGGCUAACGUGAUGGCCUGUAAUAUUCUGGCCAGUUAUGUAACUCACUAGCCCUUGGGUUCUUAGAUGUUUUGGAGAUUUUUACCAAACGUGAAAGGACUGCAAUCCCACUUUCACUCGGCAGACUCCUAAACUAACGGUCAGAAUGCUUAAAAUUAAGUGUGGAAAGGAGUAAAUAAUGAUCUGUUAUAGCACAUCUUUAAGUAGCCUAAGUGUUCCAUUGACUUUUUUCGUCUUCAGUUUGCAAGGAGUUGCACUCUGUAGGGUGUUGACAAACCAAUGUGAACUAAUACAGUUCUCUUGAUAAAGAACCAUGUUGAAUAUCUUAUUUGUUAGACAGGAUUCUUAUUACUGAGAGGUCGACAAACACUUCACUUUUGGAAUGGUCUUACUAGAGUUGGAGCUUUACAGAAUGGAUGAGGUGGAGUCCAUCUCUUACAUAUUUGGGGUUUUUAUCACUUGUGUGAGUGACACUUCUGGAGUCAAGUUAUUUUCAAAAAUGUUCUACUGAAAACCAGAAUGCUUCAGAAUUAUCACUUUUGUACCAAGUGCAAUAUGAGUGUUUGUUGGUGAUCUAUAUUUAGUAGAAAUGUCUAACAUUUGUUUUUAUACUCUAUGCAAUACUAUAGCAAUUCAGUAAGUGAAUAAAAUGCAAAAGAGGAA